AUGUCAUUUGCCUCAAUUAGAACACGAGCAUUAUCUUUGGAAACCCAGACCGUUGGCAUCAUCGCCAGCUAUUCAGGAUUUACUCAGAAUAUAUCAUCUAUUGCCUCGACGAAAGAGGAAGGGUUGGAAUCUGAGAUCUCAGAAAUAUUACUCAAGCGUGAGAAUUUGCUCAAGAAACUCGAUGAUAUUGCCAACAACGAUGCCAAUCUUUCGAUAGUCAAGUUACAACAAUUGGCCAGGCACAAAGAGGUGCUUCUAGAUCAUAAACGAGAUUAUCAUAGAAUAAAACAACAGAUUGAAGAAGCGAGAAAUCGGUCUAAUUUAUUGAAUUCUGUGAGAUCCGAUAUCGAGGACCAUAGAAAUCGCAGCAAGAAGAACAACAAUAACAAUAGUAAAGAUAAUGGUAUUGAUGAAUUGGACUACAUGAACGACGAGCGCAAGAGAGCUAACCAGGCCAACUCGGUGGCUGAUAUGUUGUUGGAACAAGCGUAUAGAACCAGAGACGAAAUCAUGAGUCAAAACAGUACAUUGAGCAAUGUGAAUAAAAGGCUCAUGGCAACCAUAACCCACAUGCCAGGAAUCAAUGUGGUGAUCAAAAAGAUUGGCACCAGAAGAAGAAGGGAUCUGAUAAUCAUGGCCAGUGUUAUUUCUUUUUGCAUAAUUGUAUUUUUCUUCUUAUUAUAG